AAGUCAAAACAUGAUACAAGUAUUACAUGUGAUUCAUAGAAAAUUAAUUGAUUCAUGGGAAAUUUCAUACAAUUGUUUGUAUGCAAAAUAUGGGGCUCCUAUGAAAAUACAUGCAGUUAUAUCCUAACAUGCCUUGAUUGGAUAUAUAGGAGGUAGAGGAGGGUGAGGAUGAAAGCGAGUGGGAGAAGUAUGUGAGCACUGAUGAUGAAGAUGCCCCAACAUUUGCUACAUAUCUGAAAAAUAUGGCUGCUGACCCGUCUAUUGGGCAACACUUAAAACAGGCAGGGCCAGUUAGCAAGAUCACAGCUGAGGAGAAGUACCUAGAGCAGUCCUGGCAAGAGUGUACAGAGCGUGGCAUCAAGCUCCCAAUGCACUACCGCUAUGAGCCAAAUGCUCGAGGGAAAGUAAUCAAGCAAAUAACAAACUUCCUGAGACAAGAAGAUGAAGAGAAGAACGAAGACGUAGAAUUGUUUGAGGAGGGCGUAGACGACAGAGCCCACAAUAUCACAGCUGACGAGGGUGAGGAGGAAGAGGAGGAGGAGGAGGAGGAGAAGACCCCCUCUGGUGCCACGGCAUAUCCUGAAGCUGGCCCUGAGAAGCAGACAGAAGAAACUAAACUGGGGAGAGCAGUGCAAGUAGUACUUGGAUUGAAUGAGGAAGUGAAAAAUCUUGAUCAUGCACGCAGUCUUCUGAAAAAACACCCAACAGAUAGAGAUGCCAUCCAGGACUAUGAGCAAAAGCUUGCAAGAGUCCAGACACAGGAGGUAGAGGAGGGUGAGGAUGAAAGCGAGUGGGAGAAGUAUGUGAGCACUGAUGAUGAAGAUGCCCCAACAUUUGCUACAUAUCUGAAAAAUAUGGCUGCUGACCCGUCUAUUGGGCAACACUUAAAACAGGCAGGGCCAGUUAGCAAGAUCACAGCUGAGGAGAAGUACCUAGAGCAGUCCUGGCAAGAGUGUACAGAGCGUGGCAUCAAGCUCCCAAUGCAUUACCGCUAUGAGCCAAAUGCUCGAGGGAAAAUAAUCAAGCAAAUAACAAACUUCCUGAGACAAGAAGAUGAAGAGAAGAACGAAGACGUAGAAUUGUUUGAGGAGGGCGUAGACGACAGAGCCCACAAUAUCACAGCUGACGAGGGUGAGGAGGAAGAGGAGGAGGAGGAGGAGAGAGUGAUUUCAGUUUCAUUGGCAGAUGAUUUGCAGCUAGAUCAAGAGGUUCAACCAGCAAUCCAGCCUCUCUGCCAAAAUGACAGAGGCACUGAUCUUAUUGAAGAGACCCCCUCUGGUGCCACGGCAUAUCCUGAAGCUGGCCCUGAGAAGCAGACAGAAGAAACUAAACUGGGGAGAGCAGUGCAAGUAGUGCUUGGAUUGAAUGAGGAAGUGAAAAAUCUUGAUCAUGCACGCAGUCUUCUGAAAAAACACCCAACAGAUAGAGAUGCCAUCCAGGACUAUGAGCAAAAGCUUGCAAGAGUCCAGACACAGGUCCUUUCAAAGAAUGCCGAUCUAAAAAAAAGAGCCUCAUUCUCUGGGAGAAGGGACAUUUUUUAA